UAUUCUAGUACGUUUUUUGUUGACUUGCUCGUUGCAUCACGUUUUGUGAAUUCGGUUAUUUUAUAAAUUGUUAUUCAGUUAAUAACCAUAAUUUGUUACAUAUUGUGUUAUCAUUGCAUUGAAAAAUACUCAUAAUGCUGAGAUUCGUUCGCGUUUGCCCGAAAUCGGCACUAUCUAUCACAUGUAGAUCAUAUCUUUUCCAUCGGAUUCCAAACAUAAGCACAAUUGGGUCGGUGCACUAUUGUUCCACAAAAUCGUCAUCGGAACGAGCAGCUCAGCCCGCAGUUCAGCCUCUGGCAGGAACAUCCAAUGGCAACUGGAAUCCCAUCUAUCACUUUCCGGGAAUUGUACUCACAGCUUCAAUAAAAAGGCUUAAACUGUAUCCUGCUGGAUUGACUGGUGUCACUGUUCCGAUAAGUUUGGGUUUGGCUUACGCAGAUAUUCUCAGCCUCUCGGCUGCUCAGAUUUGUGGAUCAAUCGGAUUUUCCACCACCCUUACGCUGCUUUUGUUCAGUUAUCUGACCAACAAUUUGGUCGGUUACGUCUACACUGAUGACGACUUCAAAAGGGUAAAGAUUUCCUACGUUGAUUUCAACGGGAAGCGGCAGAAUAGUAUUUAUUCGAUUGAUGACAUCAUACCAAGAUCAGAAUUAGGGCGAACUUUGUUGCGGUUCUAUUUCCCUAUCAAAAACCACGACAAUGGACACGUAUAUAGACUAGUACACAAGUAUGGCGAAGUGUACAAUGAGAAAGCUUUCCAAAAGGUGUUCGGACGGGAUUAGCAGUAAUUGUAAGUAAUUUUUAUUGAUACUCCAAUUUUCCGGGUAAUCAUUUCAUCCGAAAAUCCAAGUCUGGGAAGAACAUUUUUCUUUUGGAUCGGUGAAUCGCAUAUCUGUCCCAUUUUUGCUGGGUUUCCUAUUCAUAUCGAACAAAUAUGCGAUUUACGGCAGACUAUAGUUGUCCAUUGAAUAACUGAAAUUGUCAUUCAUCGUAUUCGGGUGGUUAUGUACAUCAAGAACCAUCUAUUUUACAGUACUUUAU